GAAGGGUGUCGCCGUGCUGACUCGGAUUCGAGAGACGACGGCGGUCGUCUUGCCUUUCGGUUCUAAUCUCUCCGGGGGGAAAGCCCACUAACUUUGUACAUAUACCGAAUUUUUUUCGCCUUCAGUUAGUUUUUUUCGGUUGCGCUUUGGGCUGGGGCACUGGAAUGACGGGGUGUGCCAAGAAUUUGAAUUAGCUCGCUGUUAGUAUGAAGAAAGAGUGAGUCGGGUGUAGAGAGAGAGAGAGACAGGAGCCAUUUUGUCCCGACUGUGUGGGAAAAGAAAGAGUGGAAAAGAGGACUCACCCGGGAGGAUCUUCCAUUGCAGCUUCCUUUUUUUUCGCGUUUUGAAUACAAAAAAAAAACAGUCAGGCUUUUGGAAAUUUAACUUCUCUGGCGCGGUAUUUUUGUGUUGGUAUUUUAGCCCACUAGCUUUGCCGACGCUAAUCAACAAAACCCGGGUUGUAAACUGUCAAAAUCGGGGCAGUUGGUCAGGUUGGCUCGGGAGCUGGCUUCAGACUUCACAUCGGCGUGUUAGGAGAUUGUAUUUUUCUACCUAGUUGACCACACACACUCGCUCUUUUCAAUGGCUAAGAAGACGUACGACUUGCUAUUCAAGCUGCUUCUGAUCGGGGACUCGGGCGUGGGGAAGACCUGUGUGCUGUUCCGCUUCUCUGACGACGCCUUCAACACAACUUUCAUUUCCACCAUAGGAAUAGACUUCAAGAUCAAAACUGUUGAACUACAAGGAAAGAAGAUAAAACUACAGAUCUGGGACACAGCGGGCCAGGAACGGUUCCACACCAUCACCACCUCCUACUACAGAGGCGCCAUGGGCAUCAUGCUGGUCUACGACAUCACCAACGCCAAAAGCUUUGAAAACAUCAGCAAGUGGCUGCGCAACAUUGAUGAACAUGCGAACGAGGAUGUUGAGAGAAUGCUACUAGGCAACAAGUGUGACAUGGAAGACAAGAGGGUUGUACCAAAAGCCAAGGGAGAGCAGAUUGCGAGAGAGCACGGCAUUAGGUUUUUUGAGACGAGCGCCAAAGCUAACAUCAACAUCGAGAAGGCUUUCCUCACGUUAGCAGAAGACAUCCUCAAAAAGACGCCUGUAAAAGAGCCCAACAGUGAAAAUGUGGACAUCAGCGGCGGGGGCGGAGUCACAGGCUGGAAGAGCAAGUGCUGCAGUUGAACGACUGGCAGCGACACACACAUACAGAGAAAAACACACGUGCACGCACAAACAUCUCCCCUCUCUAACUGUCUAACUGUCACCUUCUAACCGUCUCAUGACUCGUUGCACACUGACACUCUUUCUUCAUCACAAUAAAACCCCUUCAUCUUAACCCCGCCCCCCCAUCUUCUUCCACUUUCCCUCAGCAGCAGUUUUAUUUUGAAGGGAAACACUCGUGUUUCCUGUCAUUUUUCUUUUAAGGGUUAUUAAAAAACAACAAAAAAAAAAAAGAUGACAAGCUCAUAUGUUGAAUAUUUCCCUCCUGUCCUAGUGGAGCCCCUUCACCUCCCCCACCCCCACAGCAUCCAUGAAGUCAAACUCCAGUCAAAAAGAAAAACAAAGAAAAAGUGCUUUUGUACACUUAGGGAGGUUUGUGUUGUCUCAAUGAUUGCAAUUUGUUACCAAGUGACAGCGCCGCGCUUUUAGCUCCUUUUGUAUUUCGGGGUUUAUUUUGUCCUGUGCCUUAUAUGGAAGACAGGGGCGGGGGCUGUGGAGUGGGCGGAGCCACAUCCACCCAAUGAAAUUACACUUUAACGGAAAUCUUUGUCAGUUUGCGCUGGAGUGCGGAGCCAAACCCACGCAGAAGCGUUUGAAUUUCUCCUCCAGCCAAGAGAACGGCAAUGACAUGUCCUGUUGGUUCUAUUUUAUUUCUACUUUCACUUUUCUUUUCUUUUUCUGUUUUUUCCUGCAUGCAGAUUUCUUUGGGUUGGCGACAGUUCUGUAACAUGUGAGGUAUGCCACUGGGUAACUUUGGGCGGGAGGUUCACAAGUUCUCUUUGGAAAUUCAAACAAUUUUGCAGAUCCAUUAAAAUAAGCUUGUUUAAGUCAA